AUGGCUUCUCGUAGAGAUACAACAGGAACAUCUAUCAGUAAUAGGAAAGAUGGCAAUAAGGGAAAGGAUGUGUUAUACACAUCAGUAUGCAAGGAGAUGGCUGCCUGCUUCAAUAUUGAUAUGAGAACAACCCAUAUUAAGAGUAGAAUGAGAACAUUAAAACCCAUAUACAUGGAAUCCAAGAAGCUACUCGGGACUAGUGGCUUCAGCUGGAAUGAAUCCAUGAAUCAAAUCAUAACUGAUCCAGUUGUUUGGGAUGAUUACAUCAAGGCCAAUCCACUUGCACUAUACAUUAAAGACAGGGUGAUGGAGAUGUUUGAGAAAAUGCAUACAUUUCUGGGAAAUGAUCACCCUAUGGGUGAUAAUGCUAUGGUAGGGUUUGAGUCCAUGACUGAGUGUAAUACUGAUGUUGAUGGUACUAAAGAGGAUGACCCUGAGUUCAAUGAUGAUGCAACAACCCCACUGAUUGUUGAUGAAUUCAUCUAUGAAGAUGGCACUCAAUCAGUCUCCAACAACAACCGAAGGCAAGUUCCUCAAGCUCAAAAGAAAAGAGUGCAUGGAUCAAAACCGAAGUCCAACCAGGACUUUAUUGAUGCAAUUGAUAGAAUGAAUAUUAUAAUGUCAAAAAUUGCAUCAGCACUUAUAGUGGACGCUGACAUGGAUUUUUAA